AAAGCCACUCAUAAACCUCCAACGUCCAGUGUCGCAGUGUUUUUGAGAGAGACACCGAAACCAUACCCAAUUCUAAAGAGCGACGAGCCUUUCUUCGCUUCACUGUGCAAUGUUUUCCGGCCUCGUUCAUGGGAUGAUGGGUGGGGUUCGGGGAGGAACUUGGCCUCUCUGAAUUCCCAGUUAAAUUUUCUUGGCAUAGUAAGUGAGCGAGAAGGUGAGAAGCAAUCAGAGGAACGUGGUUUUGUUAGCAACAUAUGAACUGGGUCGAGUUCCUUUGAUUGGAUAAUGUAUAUUCUGUGCUGGAAUUCUUGGUGAUAGCGUAUAUGGGUUCUGUGAAAUAUAGAAGCGGCAAAUGUAAUUGUUGGGCUCCUUGAUGUUAAUUUCCAUUACGCCAUACCUGAUACUGUUGGAAUUACUUUGGACUCAAGUUCCUUUUUUUGGGUUGCAUGGAAAUGUUAGACUAGAAGAAGCAUCACUCACUUUUGACAACUAAAAUUGGCAAAUGAAUCAAGCUGCCAGAGACAUGUCUGUUUGACCUGGUUUUCUUGCAGACGUCUGCUGAUAAAAUGAACUGUUUUUGCAUGGGAAUUCUUUCUUGGCACUGGACCUACCUGACUGAAAGUUAGGCUUGGAGCAGGGCAAAUCUUCUUUGGCAAUACAUAUUUGAUUUCUGAAAGGACUGAAUCUUUUUUUUUUUGGGGCGUGUUGGAGGGAGGGUGGGGGGAGGGGGAAUUGAUUAUACAAAUUCAGUCAUUAAGAUUCAGCUCUUUUGGGCAAAUCUCCUUUGGCAAAGCUGCUGAAGUUUCCACUAGCUGGGCAGUUUACCUGACAGUGAAUAACUGAGCAGAAUGGGUACUUUCAGAUUAUUGUCUUUUAUUAUCAUUUACUGAGGAUUGCAUCCUGGCUGCAGGGCAGAUCUCCUUUGGCAUAAAGUUUUUCUUUCGCAAGCUUGACUCCAGUUUGCAACAUCUGUAGCCUAGUGAUACAUCACCUUUGCAGUGCAAUCUUCUUUGAAGUUUCUUCUUCCAAGAGCUUUAGUCCAUCUGCUGGGCAAAUCUCCUUUGGCAUCAGGAGUCCAAGUUGACUUCUAUUAUCCCUGUGGGCUAUCAGGAGCUGUGAGCUGGCUCCCCCUAUCCCUUGAGGGCAAAUCUCCUUUGGCAUUUGGGAGUCCUGAGUUGGCUCCCUGUUAUCCUUUAAAAGGCUUUGGCAUAUGAUCUCCACUUUUAGAGGCCAAAAAAUAUCUUGUUGGAAUAUCUAUAUUGAAGCUUGGCAUCAAUUCUGAAAACCAGAUCAACAUCAGGAUUUAUUCUGCAGCAUUGAUACUGUAGCCCAAUCUUUGCCAGGCCACUGUUUUGUUGUCCCAUUGCAGUGUGUAUUAACAUAGCAUUACACCAGGACAGCUUUUGGCAUUUCAAAUUGUUUAAGACAGUGCAAUUCUAGCGGUGAUGGACAUGCUCCCUAGUGAUUCUGAUUGGGAAAGUUUCAGUGACAGUGGCAGUGAGCUUGACUUUUUGUAUGGUGGGCAGGCUCAUUCCAUUUUAUCAAGCCUGGAGCAAAGCCUAGCCAAAAUUGAUGAUUUCCUCUCAUUUGAAAGGGCGUUUAUACAUGGGGACAUUGUUUGUCCUGUUGCUGAUCCAUCAGGACAGAUGGGCAGAGUUGUAAAUGUUAAAAUGUAUGUUGACUUGGAAAAUGUUCAUGGAAAGGUCAUAAAAAAUGUUGAUUCCAAGAAUCUUCUAAAGAUUCGCUCCAUGUCAGUGGGAGAUUAUGUGGUUCAUGGGCCAUGGAUGGGAAGGGUUGAUAAAGUUGUUGACAAUGUCAUCAUCAUCUUUGAUGACGGGACAAAGUGCGAGGUUACAGCAGAAGAUGAAGAACAGCUCAUGCCUCUUUCUCCAAACAUGCUUGAAGAUUCAAUAUACCCCUAUUAUCCAGGACAGAGAGUGCAGGUUAGACUUUCUGGUGUUUCUAAGUCCACUAAAUGGUUAUGUGGUGCUUGGAAGGAAAAUCGGGAUGUAGGGACUGUUUAUUCUGUAAAAGCAGGUCUAGUGUAUGUUAAUUGGCUUGCCUGUGCUAUUGUUGGUUGUGGUUUGAAUAUGCUUGCUCCUCAUCGUUUGCAGGAUGAGAAAAACCUGACUUUGUUGCCAUGUUUUUCCCAUGAAAAUUGGCAGCUAGGUGACUGGUGUACACUUCAUGUUGCUGGUUGUAAGGGUAUGAAGGAGCAGAUGGUUUUUGAUGCAUUUGACCUUGAGAUCAUUAAAGAGCAAUAUAAGAUUGGAAAAGGGUUUAAGAGGCAAGAUCUUUGCUCGAAUUUUGAGGAAGUCUUUAUCAUUGUGAAGACAAAGACCAUAGUUGAUGUUUUGUGGCAGGAUGGUGGCUGCUCAUUGGGAUUGGAUUCACAAUCUCUAGCCCCUGUAAAUAUUGUUAAUGCUCAUGAAUUCUGGCCAGGGCAGUUUGUACUUGAUAAGGGUGCUUGUGAAGACCCACAUGUUUCUGGAAACCAAAAAUGGGGUGUAGUGACUGCUAUGGAUGCGAAGGAACGGACUGUUAGAGUGAAAUGGAAACCGGCUAAUAAUGUUUGUGCCAACCAGGUGGAGGAAACUGUGAGUGCUUAUGAACUGGUUGAGCACCCAGAUUUCUCUUAUUGCUAUGGGGAUAUUGUCUUUAAAAAUGUUGAACAGGCUGAUAAGCAUCAUCUGAACAAAGAGAUUAGCAUGGGCAAAGAAAUUGAUCUUGAAGUCCAGGACUGUAGAAGAGGUCAGAUUGAUUGUCCUUGUCAUUGUUACUUGUCCUGUAUUGGCUAUGUUACUGGCUUCAAAGAUGGUGAUGUUGAGGUGACGUGGGCUUCUGGAAUUGAAACCAAGGUUGCACCUAAUGACAUUUUUCGAAUUGAUAAAUAUGAAAGUUCAACUACAAAUUCUGCGAUGAACGAACAAAAUGAUGGUGAAAUGAAUAUGAAUCAAGAGAUGAUUGAUCUUGACAAACAAUCCUUUAGCUUGAAAGGAAAGUACCAUUCUCAGGACUUGCCAAGUUCCAAUGGCAACAGUGAGUGCAAAAGGCACCUGUGGAAGUCUAUUCCCUUCCUUCCUCAGUCCACUGUUGGAUUUUUCAUGAGCAUUGCAGAAAAUAUAUUUGGAUCCAUUGGUUCGAUAUCACUGUCUGGCCCAUUAUCAUUUGUUUCUUUUCCUAAAGAUGGUAAUCAAUCUCAGACUCUUGAAGAGAAAGGAAUACAGGAAAACUGUGAUCUCUGCACAGAGAUGCAACCUCUGAUACCAAGUGAGAUGCAGACAUUUGAAAGUACAAGUUUAAAGCUGGAAGUCAACCAUAUUCAAGAGAAUAAAGAACAAUGUUUACCCACCAACAAGAGUGUAGAAAAGUUCAUGCAAUUUGAAAUGGUUGGUGAUUGCUCUGACCACCACUUUAUUGAAGAUGCAGGCAGGGGAUUGGCAUUCUCUCAGGUGAAAAGAAGUUGGUUGAAGAAGGUCCAAGAAGAAUGGAGUAACCUAGAGAAAAAUCUUCCUGAAUCAAUAUAUGUCCGUAUCUAUGAGGACAGAAUGAAUCUCCUUCGAGCAGCCAUUGUUGGUGCACCUGGAACUCCAUAUCAUGAUGGGCUAUUUUUCUUUGAUAUAUAUCUUCCUCCGGAGUAUCCUCAUGAACCCCCUUUGGUGCACUACCGUUCCGGUGGGCUUCGUGUCAAUCCAAAUUUAUAUGAGUCUGGAAAGGUCUGCCUGAGUCUCCUCAAUACAUGGACAGGCACAGGCACUGAAGUGUGGAAUCCAGAGAGCUCCAGUGUUCUGCAAGUUCUUCUCUCCCUCCAGGCCCUUGUGCUUAAUGAAAAGCCUUAUUUCAAUGAGGCUGGAUUUGAUAAGCAGAUAGGAAGAGCUGAGGGAGAGAAAAACUCUGUUAGCUAUAAUGAAAAUGCAUUCCUCAUGACCUGGAAGUCCAUGCUUUACUUACUUCGCCAGCCACCAAAGCAUUUUGAGGCACUCAUAGAGGAGCACUUGAGGCAACGAUCGCAAUAUAUUCUAUUGGCUUGUAAAGCAUAUAUGGAAGGAGCUCCAGUAGCAUACCCAUUUGGACGUGGACAGAUUGAGCAUGAAAGUCAAAAGGGCGGUUCUACAGGUUUCAAAAUCAUGCUUGCUAAACUCUUCCCAAAACUUGUGGAGGCAUUUGCUGCUAAAGGAAUUGAUUGCAGCCAAUUCACAGAGCUAGAGCAGUGAAUGUGCUUACCAGUGCAUUUGUGCUAAUAAAUCUGUAUCAUAUCAACACGUUCUUGGAGAACAAUAGUCUUGCCUUUUUAAAAAAAUAAAAAAAUAAAAACAAAAGUGAAGAAAAAGAAAACAAAAGAUAUUGUUCUGUAUAAUAUCAGUGCUGUUUGUGUGAAAGACAAAAAAAUUAAAAAAAAAAAAAAGAAAAAGAGAGCAAUUGAAAGGGAAAAUAAGGAUUUCUGGUGUUGUGAUUGUAGUAUUAUGUUCUGUGACAGAACUAUAUUAUGGAUUGCAGCUGCAAUUCUACAAAUAAUGAAGAAAAAGAGUUGGAUUGGUGUGCUAUAAA